UCCAUGUGGUUUUCUUGAACAGCAGACACACACUUUCUCGGUAGAAAAUGCCCGCCACGGACGCCUUGGAAACUUCAGCGAAGCGAGUACGUCGGCCAAAUUUUACCGAACGCGAAAUUGAAGCGCUCGUGGAAUGCUACCAAGCUAACAAGGCUGCCAUAGAUGCCACUGGCGAUGGGCCGCAAGGCGCUCUUGCUAAAACCAAAGCCUGGGCCCGCAUUACUGAUACUCUGUUUGCGGUGUCCGGCAUCAAACGCACGCCUGCGGAAGUUAAGAAGAAAUGGACGGAUUACAAGAGCUUAAACAAGAAGAAAGGGGCCAACGUCACGCGGUGCCUUGGCAGGACAGGUGGGGGUGCCGCAGAAGUGCCGCCACUUACGCCUCUUGAAGAAAGAGUAGUGGCCACACUCGACAGGAGCACCGUCGUCGGGAUUAACGGCAGUUACGACAUCGGAGUAACAGGAGGGGAUGUCAUACUCAGAUACAAUGUCCAGUGCUCAGAUCCCGGUCCUUCAAGUAGUGCUACACCCCUAGUACCUGAUGCUUGUGAAGGCGCAGAGCUGACAUCCUCCACAUGGAUAAGUCAAACACCUAGCCCAGCUUCAUCACAGGAGGCAGCAAAUGUGCAACAGGAGGCAGCAAAUGUGCAACAGGAGGUUGCUGACAGCGCACCGGCUGUGCCAACACCACGCAGGGGUACAACACCAAGGAGUAGGGCGACCAGUGAAGCAAGUGAAAUAGCAAACACACACAAAAAAAUGGAACAGCACUUGGAAGCGCUCGUAGAUAUACAGAGGAGGCUACUGGCCAUCAAAGAACACAAGUAUAAAGUUAGGACACUUCCUGGAGGACGGCUUGAACUGCAAUAAAUUGACAACACAGCUUUAGGAAUGUGCAUUCUGCGUGUCGUUGCUUUGCUCCAAAAGACUG